GAGAAAAGUGUUCCUCCACAUCACAGAAGUGCUUUUUAUUUCACACCAUUCAGGAUGCCGAUGUGCCGCCUGCUGUGCAGCUUCUUCUUGGCCCUUAUAAUACUGAGCAGCAUCCCGGCUAGUGUGGAUGGAUGUGAUUAUGCUCAGUCCAUUUGCGGUGCCCAAGCUCCUGGUGAUGUUGUGAUUGGUAUGAUGUUACCAUGUCAUCGUAAAGUGUUUCUUCAAGAACGGAUUAGACCUGAAAGCUUCCAGUGCUCUGAUUUUGAUCUGGUGUCGUUUAUGAGAUCCUUGGCUAUAAUCCACGAAAUUGAUGAGAUAAAUGCAGCUGGCUUCCUCCCAGGAGUGCGUCUUGGAUAUCUGAUGUGUGACACGUGCUCCUUUGCAAGCAAGGCGUUGGGGAAUGUGGAGCACAUGCUCGAAGACAACAAGACUUUAAAUGUGAAGUGCAACUACACUGACUUCAGGCCCAAAGUCAAGAUUAUUUUAGGAGCUUCAAACUCUGAUGUGUCCAUCGCUUUGGCUAGCCUGCUAAAUGUGUACAUGGUCCCUCUACUGAGCAGCACAUCAUCUGCAGCCAAACUGAGUGAUAAGUUACGCUUCCCAUCUUUCAUACGCACUGUUCCGAGUGACAAGCAUCAGACCAAAGCAGUGGCCAAAAUGAUGAAGCACUAUGACUGGAACUGGGUCGGGGUUGUGUAUGGGGAUGAUGAAUACGGGAAAGCAGCUUUCCAGAGUUUCCUCACGGAUGCUGAGGCAAAUAAUGUGUGCUUGGCCUACCAGGAGGUUUUGCCUUAUUACCUUGAUAAUUUACAGACCAUGCAACGUAUUGAGCAAGUCGCCGCGCAGAUCCGCUCCUCUAAUGCCCAGGUGGUACUGCUAAUCCUUAAAUUAGAUCUGGUGCAGGGCCUUUUUAAGGAAAUGAUCAGGACCAACACAUCAAGGAUUUGGAUUGCCAGUGAUGCCUGGUCCAGGAGCAUUUCCAUUGCCCGAAUGGAUAGCAUCAACAAGGUUGGGGACAUCUUGGGCUUCACGUUUCUUUCAGGCAAGAGUGAUUCAUUUGAAAAAUAUCUCAAGAAUCUGACAGCAACCCCAGGAGGAUACAACUACUUCAUUGAAGAAUACAAGAACCUGAGAUUCAACUGCACCUCAGAAUGUGACUCCAAAACACCUCCAUCCUAUUGUUCCAUACCUGAUCUCAGGAAAAUUCAAUCUGGCAAUGCAUGCAAUUUCACGGAUCCCCAAGAGCAAAAUGAUGACUAUCUUGUAAAUGCUCUGGAUACAAGUCAAGCCUUCCUUCACAAAGUAGCUGUGCAGGCUGUAGCAAAUGCCCUCAAAAAGCUACUGAAGUGCAACAGUUCAUUAUGCUUAGGAGAAAUAAACUUCCCACCAUGGAAGCUUCUUGAAGAACUGAAGAAAGUUAAAUUCGAGUAUGACAACCAGACUUUCUUUUUUGAUCCAAAUGGUGAUUUUGGAAAUCUUUAUGAGCUGAUCAUGUGGAAAACGGAUGGGGAAUAUAGAAAAUUUCAAAGGAUUGGGAAGUACAAUGUAACUUAUGGAAACGUUGAAGUGAAGACAGACAUCAUCUGGCUUUCAACAGCCAAUACCACGAUCCCUCAGUCUAGAUGCUCACAGCGCUGUGCCCCUGGCUCAGUAAAAAAGAUCUUCAACACAUCCUGCUGUUACAGCUGCAUCCCAUGUGUGGAGGGGACUUAUUCAGAUGAACCGGAUCUUCAAAACUGCAAAACCUGUCCCAAUGGAACCUGGUCUCUCAAGAAUUGGAGUGAGUGCAAGCCAAGAACAGAGUCUUACAUGAAAUGGAGCGAUCCUCACCCAAUCGUCAUGAUGGCUGCAGCAGCCUUUGGUAUCUUGCUCUUGUUGGUUACCUUCAUUAUCUUUUUAGUGUACAGAGAUUCCCCACCUAUGAAAAGAGCUGAGGUGAGAUUGUCCUGUGUGAUGAUGGCUGGUCUAUCAGUGAGCUUUGCAAGUGUCAUAUGCUUCAUGGGCAAGCCAAGUGUACAUUUCUGCCGUGCCCGCCAGGUAAUGUAUGCUAUGGGCUUCACCCUGUGUGUGUCCUGCAUCCUAGUCAAGGCCUAUCGUACUUUCCUUGCUUUCCUUCCCUUUGGUCAGCUGACAAGUCGGCAACUACACAAACUUUACCAUCCACCUGCAAUUGUCAUCAUCAUAACUACUCUCCAGGGGAUCAUCUGUCUUCUCUGGCUGAUCUUUGAUUCUCCUGAUAUUGAUGAAACACCUCCACCUCCACAAAGCAUGACAAUACUAAUCCACUGUGAUGAAGGUAACACAUAUAUAGGUUUUGGCAUUAUGUUGAGCUACAUAGCUCUGUUAUCAUUGAUUUGCUUCCUCUUGGCCAUCAAAGGCAGGAAGGUUCCACAUGAGUUCAGUGAAACAGGCUACAUAAUCUUUAGCAUGCUAAUGUACUUGUUUGUGUGGGUGUGUUUCAUCCCAGUCUAUAUCACCAACAGUGAAAAUGGCACUCCUGUGCAGGCUUCAGCCAUUCUAGUGUCCAGCUAUGGCAUCAUCUUCUGCCAUUUUUUACCCAAGUGCUAUGAAGCACUUUGGGGGUCAAAGACAGACACAAUAGAGAAGAUUUUAAGAAAAUGGCAUGUCAUCCCCAGUCCAAAUCUUGAUUCUGUGACAGAGAUAGAUAUAGAUAUCCCUGGAAAGAAUACACACUCACAAAAGAGUGACAGAUUAUCAAGUACAUCAACUAUAUUGAGGAGCUCAGGGACACCAAGCAAGAUCAGCCAUACUGAUUCAGUGCUGGACAUAAUGGAUAUGUCCAAUGGAAAGAUUAAUGCCUAUCUUAGGCUAAGAACAAAAAUUGGGAAACGCAGUAUAUCCUUCUGAAAAUUUUUCCAGUGAAAUUGUAUUGCACUGAUAUUCAGUUAUACUCUCUCUUCUAUUCUAUU